CUAGUGGACAAUCAGACCUACACACCCACCUCCAGACACACUCGCAUUUCUCAUUUCUUACUUCUAGUCUAAAUUAGAUAGCAAGAGGUAGUGUCGGAGCUCACAGACCGCAUAGAAUUAGUUUAAGUACUAGCGGUAGUUAAACAGUAAAGCUGAAAUUCAACAUGGAGUCCCCUCCAGAUCCAGCGAGCGACCCGGGCAACAGCGCCUCGGAGCCGGCUACCCCGGUCAGGGAAACCCCGGUAAACCUGGAGACGCUCCGGAAAGCGGACCAUCCAGCCCCGGUACGAAGGCAGACCUGCUCCAGCACCAAUAGAGACAAACAAGGUAUCUCAGUAACAAAGAAGACGCACACCUCUCAAAUCGAAAUAAUUCCCUGCAAGAUCUGUGGAGACAAAUCAUCAGGCAUCCAUUACGGUGUGAUAACAUGUGAAGGCUGUAAGGGCUUCUUCAGGAGGAGUCAGCAGAGCAAUGCGGCCUACUCCUGCCCCCGUCAGAAGAACUGCCUGAUCGACCGUACCAGCCGCAACCGCUGCCAGCACUGCCGGCUGCAGAAGUGCCUGGCAGUGGGCAUGUCACGAGAUGCGGUGAAGUUUGGCCGUAUGUCGAAGAAGCAGCGAGACAGCCUGUAUGCAGAGGUUCAGAAGCACCGACUGCAGCAACAGCAGCGUGACCACCAACAACAGCCCGGGGAGGCAGAGCCACUAACACCUAGCUAUGGCCUCUCAGCCAAUGGCCUCACAGAGCUCCAUGAUGACCUCAGUGGUUACAUGGAUGGCCACACCCCCGAUGGCAGCAAACCAGACUCUGCAGUCAGCAGCUUCUACCUGGACAUCCAGCCAUCUCCUGACCAGUCAGGCCUGGACAUCAACGGUAUCAAGCCUGAGCCCAUCUGCGACUUUGCCCCUGGCUCUGGCUUCUUCCCUUAUUGCUCCUUCACCAAUGGAGAAACCUCUCCCACCGUGUCCAUGGCUGAACUAGAGCACCUGGCCCAAAACAUCUCCAAGUCACACAUGGAAACAUGUCAAUAUCUGAGGGAGGAGCUGCAGCAGAUGACCUGGCAGGCCUUCCUGCAGGAGGAGGUGGAGAGCUACCAGAACAAGCCUCGGGAAGUCAUGUGGCAGCUGUGUGCUAUCAAAAUAACAGAGGCCAUUCAGUAUGUGGUGGAAUUCGCCAAGCGCAUCGACGGCUUCAUGGAGCUGUGUCAGAAUGAUCAGAUAGUGCUGCUGAAAGCAGGCUCUUUGGAAGUUGUGUUUGUCAGAAUGUGCCGUGCCUUUGACUCACAAAACAACACAGUCUAUUUUGAUGGAAAGUACGCCGGACCUGAUGUGUUCAAGUCAUUAGGCUGUGACGACUUGAUCAGCUCCGUCUUCGAGUUUGGGAAAAACUUGUGUUCUAUGCACCUGUCUGAGGAUGAGAUCGCCCUGUUCUCCGCCUUUGUGUUGAUGUCUGCUGACCGAUCCUGGCUCCAGGAGAAGGUGAAGGUGGAGAAACUCCAGCAAAAGAUCCAGCUGGCUCUCCAGCACGUCCUGCAAAAGAACCACAGAGAGGAUGGUAUACUUACAAAGUUGAUAUGCAAAGUGUCGACACUGCGAGCGCUGUGCAGUAGGCAUACAGAGAAGCUUACAGCUUUCAAAGCAAUAUACCCAGACAUUGUGCGUGCCCACUUCCCCCCCUUAUACAAGGAGCUGUUUGGAUCAGACUUUGAGCAGUCCAUGCCCGUUGACGGGUAGCAGCCCUGCCAGGUGCCAGUGUGCCCACCGUAGGGGGAAUGUGGAGGAGGAAUCUGAGACACUUUAUUGGUGCCCUGCACAAACCAGAGCGGACAGAUGGCACGCUGUUCAACUUCUUCUUUUGCAUUGGAGGGGCGGGUGUAGGGAGUUGAUUCUCAAGGUUUACUUUACUGAAUUUAGUUCUCUUUGGAAGACUUAUGGGACCUGAUGCCCCAUGGGACAUGAAGAGGAGAUAGGGACAAAUAAUUUCCAUGUGGUUGAGCUUGACCUUCUUUUGUGCAUUUCUGCCGUUUCUUUCAUUCAUUCACUCACCGUUACCAAUAUUUGUGUCAUCACAAUAAUUAUAACUGACAUGAUAAAAUAAGCAAUUAGUGAGCCAAACCUUCUCAGUUAAAACAGCUGAAGACCACUUCAAUUAUAACUUUAAUCCUCAUCAGUAUUAUUUUUAAUAUCCCAAGUACAUUUUGGUCAUUUUUUCUGGUUUGAGCAGUUCAUUUUAACAGUCGCAGCCACUCUUUCAGAAAUAGCAUAUAAAUGCACACAUUUCGGUCAAGUUCAGCCGUUUUUCUCUUGUGUUCAGUUGUAACUUUUUGAUGCAGUGCUUGGAGUGAAAACUCACAGCAACUUGGAGGGAGGGUCUGUCGGCAUGGUGAUGCAAUCGGCACCUCUCUAUGGACAAUCGUUUAAAAAAAAAAAAAAAAGAAACAUAGAAUUCUGGUAAUUCUAAUGAAAACGCAAUGAUUUUAGCUGUCAAAGACUCCAUCCACCAUUGUUGCAUAGUGAAAUCAUGUAAGGCCAUCUGCUAUUAAUCCUUCUCUGGACAGGUGCCCUGGAGAAGCACAGGGCAUCAACACAAUGAAAAGGGUCCAUUCCACCUGUUUUAUAAUGUACUACAGGGUAUAUGGUCGUAAGUACUUACUAUACAGAAAAAAGUAAUGUUUAUAGAAUCUAUUUUAAAUAACAUGUAUGAUAUUAGUAGUUAGACCAUUCUUAAUUGUUGAAUUGAUAAGGCACUUUUAUUUACACCUUUCUUUAAUUUAAGACUUGUAUAUUUACCUAGUGAUGUGUUGCAUGUGCACAAGAAAUACAAGUUGAACCAUGGUCACAGAGGCUAGUCCUGGGAGCUGCGGAUGAUACUGGUCUGGAAGUGUAAGGGCUGUCUGCUAGGAUGGCUGGCAUUGCUGUUUCUGGUGAACAAAGAGGUGUGGAUGAGAAGGCAUUUUAGAGACACUUUAUCAUGUGUACCAGCAAAAAAAAUGAGUUUAAUACCUGUUAAAAUGUAGCUCCGAUAGCACAUUUAGUAUGCACAAGUAUAGUAACAUUUGUUUGAAUUUUUUAACACAGUAUCACACCGUUGUAUCUUAGGUAAGCUGCAAGGCUUGUAAUACACUAGCACGUUCUUUGCUUUUGUUUCAAUAAAAAUAGAAAAGAAAGCUUCAACAUAACAUAUAGUUUAACAAAAUUUAUUCCAGCCAGGUUUUCAUCAGUAUUAAAUGACUUUGUGGUUGGACUGGAAAGAGCAGGCACUGACUACAAUCCAAUUGUUCCAUCUAGUGGAAGUUAAAGAUACAGCAAGCAUGCAAACUUACGACAAAGAUACAAGGUCUAACAAAUAAGCACAUAAAUGCACCUCUCUCAGAAGGUUUAGACUCUUUUUUUAUUAUUGUUUUUGAGUGACUUUAUCUGCCUUCUCAGCACAGCCUCAGCCAGCAAUGCCACAACAGGACACAGAAGAAACAGUGAAGGGAAAGUGAAUAUUCAAAGCCUUGUCUGGUAGUAAAGCUUCUAUUUUUGUAACAUGUUUUGGUUAAUAAACUCAUGAAAGAGAAAGAGGGAGAGAAAAAGAUGUCAGGUAGCACUUAACUAUAUUCCCGCAAUAAUUAGACUAGCAGCUGUUUGUAUGAUUAGGGGAGAAACAUAAAAAUGGUAGGACAAGUGCUAUUUUCAGAAUGCUUUGUUGUUGUGCUUCUGUUUUGUUGAGUGUGUCUUUCUUGUCAGUGUGGUAGUAAAGUGGUAGAAAAAACCCUGGAUGUGCCAAACAGUAGUCGUUGCUUCCGUUUUCCAGUCUACUCGUCUAUAAUGUAGAAUGGAUUCCUGAGACAUUCCAGCAAUCUUAGUAGCGGCUUCUAGAAAUAUCUUUUAAUAGAGCAAAAAAGGAAAAAAAAAAAACAGAAAAACAGAAAAAAAAUGAUAUCCCUUUAGAAACCCAACAAAGCAUGUUAACACAUCUGUCACCAACCGUAACAUAGAAUCCAAUUGUUUGUCUUUUGUUUUGUGUUUGCACACUAUCAUUCCUCUGCCGUGCAAUUUGUACGGGGCAUUAAUGCCUUGUGCUGUCACCCCUCAGGGAAGAGUUUCUUUUGCGCUUUCGGUUUGAGAGGACAUUUGUUUGUAUUCAUUAUGUAGUUUAUGUUUUUGUUCAGGGAUGUUCCAUGGGAAGUGGCUGAGAUUAACAUAAAAAAAAAAAAAUUCAUUACCUAAUUGUUCCGAAUUUUAACAUUACUGACGUCCUUAAGGGGCCUCCAGCCACACAAAGAUCACUACACUCCUGGAGUUGACUUCAAAAAAAUCUCAUUUGUAUUAAAGACCAACAACGUCCAUCACUUUUACGAACCACAGUUUUAUCAGUACACAGCAUAUUCCUGUCACACAAAAAUCUGUUUUGGUUUUAAAUGGUGUCAUCAGGGUCUUUAAAAUGAUAACCCACUUUGUUAGAAAAACCAAAUAUUCUUAUGCAAUACUAAAUCUUUUGUGUUUGGGUUGUAGUCAAUAUGCUGUACCUAAGUAAUAAUCUCUGUUAUCAUCCAAUGCUAUUUGGAUAUGCACAAGCCCUCUACGACUAGUAAACCUCAGUCUCCCAGCAAAAGAAACCCAGUCUGGAACACUGCUAGACAAUCCAGGUUAAGAGGCCCAAAGGCCCGGCAAGAGCAGAGAAGAGAAUGAUGUGUGAAUGCUCAGGGAGGUAACAGGUAGACCGAAGAAGCAGCUCACUUUCCUCUGAACAGUUGCGGAGCUAAACAUUUGCUCUUUUAUGAAAUUAUUGGGUAGUUAUUACCUCUUUAACGUACAGUUGGUACUGAUGAGAGGGAGGUGGCUGAACUUUUUGGCAUAGCACACUGAACACGCUGUACAGCACUUACUUAAAAAAAAUACUUAUCAGAUGGAGAUUUGGCUGAUUUCCUGUUAUUUAUUACAAAAAUGGUUUCUUUCUUAGAAGUGAUUCUAUUUUAUUAAGCUUGUUUAAUCUUGGUUACAUAAACUGAUCGAGUAUUUUGUCAAAUAUGAUCCGCUGAGGUCUACCACCAAAAGAGAUGUGCUCUCAUAAAAUGACAUUUUUCUUUUUUUUUUUUUUUUCCUAUUAAUUCUAAAAGGUUGAGUGGCUUCAAAUGUGUUCUACAAUAUGAGACAAGCAAUAUGCCUUGUGUUACAAUUACGGGUCUCUACAGUGCAGUCAUCAUCCUUUUAAAUUGACUUUAUACAUACAGCAGGCACAAACUUGUAACAGUUAAACUAGAACAAAAAUAAUUCCCAUCACUCUGUUCAUCACCUUAUGUACUGGUAUGUUUGCGAUUUUGUCAGGAUAGCAGAAAAUGGCCAUCAAACACAUGGAUAGUUGUGUGUAACUAUAAACUAAGCCUUUACACAGGCCUGUAAAGUGAUGUCCUUUUGUAUAUUCUCACUUGAGAUAUCCCGUUUUAACAUAGGGAUUGAUGUGUGCUAUUCAAUCAGUGUAUAGUAUACAGUAAAAUGUACUGGUCCUUCUGUCUCUGCUCUGUUUGUCUGUUUGUAAAAAGCAAUAGUGUGUGUGUGCGUGUGUGUAUGUGUUUGUUCUCACAGUGUGUGAAUAAAAUAAACCCCAGACAAGGCUUUAAUAAUUACAGAGGAACAGGGUUAUGUGGAUGAGGUGGUCUUGAUUUUAUUUUGGACUUCUUAUAAAGGUUUUGGAAAUGUUGAGCUUGAUCCAUCCAUAAUAGGUGUAGAUUUUACAAGCAUGACAUAAUGCCUUCAACAAUUCAUAGGUCUGCAGAGAGCGGUGAAGCAACCUCGACCAGCUCCACAGUGGAAAGAAAAAAGAGAGAGAGGAAAAAAAAAAAAAAAUGCCACGGCCACAGUCUAAUUAGAAAUGAAUUGGAUCGAAUUCACAACUGUAAAUUGUGAAAAUGAGUGUUCUCGACCAUAAAUUGUGAAGAUUAGCGUUAUGUCACGCUUAACUUUGUGCUGGACUGUCGGUGUUACCCAGAAUUAUGAGUCAGUCACCACAUUUUAACAGAACUCAUUUUCCAAAGCACAGCUGAUAAGGAUUUAUGAUUAAAAUACGUUUAAGAAUAUAGUUUAAAAAAAAAAAAAUGAAAAGCAACUUUUAGCCAUAAUCGAAUGUCAAGCAAUAAUAUAUGUCUGUGUAUUAUUUUUGAUUUUUUUGUGCAUAUAGUCUUUGAACAUCUGCAUGUAAAUACACUUCUUAUUUAUCACUUUUGGUUUUGUUUUAUUUUGUGUUGAUUUCGUGGAUGUUUUUAUGUUUCAUCUGUAUAUUUGACCGGUUCUGUUCCCAGGUGGAGAACUAAGAACUUGACAUGGCCUGUAUGCUGUAUAUCUUAUUUUCUCACUCUUUCUCUCUCCCUCAUUCUCGGCUCUUUAUUCACCAUAUUUAAGGUUAUUAUUGAUCACAUGUAUAAAGGUAGCUUUGUAACUUCUGUCUGUAUAGGUAAGAGGAAAAUACUGCUACUAAGGCCUACCCAGUGAAAAUAUUUAUCUGUUUAUCAAUUACCCCAUAUUGUACGAUAACUCUGUUUCUAGUUUGCUUCCCUCCUUUAGGAUUAGUUUGAUAGCGAUAGGGUGUGCUGACAUUUAUUUUGUGUUGCCCUGAUGUGUGGUGCUAGGUAAGUUAAUUUUGUGAACAAAGUAUUGAUUCCUAAGCCUGGCCACCCUAUUAGUCAAUUCAUUUCAUUGCAUAUUAAUGUAUUAUUGAUAUUAGGACUCAAUAAAUAAUAAUGAUACUGAAAAUGAUAGAGGUAAAAUUACCCAGCCAGUACCUGUAUCAGUGUACUAGUCUUGGGAUAAGGCACUUAUUUCCUUCUGACUUAUAGCAAAGCUAGUAUCUGCUAAUUAACAAUAUUUAAGGUUGCUCUUCUGGUUUGUGGAAAAAUGAUAAUAUUCGAACUCAAACAGCAGUAUUGUGUAUUUUCUUUGUCUGAUUGUAAAAACCACUCACUGAGGCUAUAGUUUGUCAGGUUUAAGAUACUAAAUAUUUACCUCUUUUGUGUCUGCAUAGUUCUUUACCUGAUGCAGGGAAGUGGUGCUUGGAUUAAACAGGGCCUCGGUAUGCUUUUGUUAUUACCCGUUUAGACUAUCCUGAGACAGUGGUUUCUUCAGACCAGUGGCAUAAACCUUUUGCACCACAUUAAGUGUUAAAAAUGUAUAUGAAAGGAUUGCCAUUUGAAGACAAAGUUGACCUUUUCUCUCCACUCUGUAGCAAAUAUCAGUAAGAAUAUGCUUGCAAUAAUACACAACGUAUCACACUGAGUGCCUCUCGGUGUAACAAGAUGCAUACAUGGUUUUGAUUGUCUUUUUUUGUGGUUUUCCAAACGUGUACCGAAGUGACAAUGUAUUUUGUACAUGAGGAUGAAUUCUCACUCUCACAUGCUUCAGAUGUUUUUCAGAUUCUUUCUUAAUGUGUUGUUGAUCAUUUUCAUGUGGGAUGAUACACUAUGUUAAAGGGUUUCAAUGUAUAGAUGGUCUGUUUAGAGUGUACAUGUCAUCCCUCACCCACACCUUGUUUGAAGAAACAUGUUUUUUGAAAGUUUAUUUUAUGUCGAUCGCAAAUGGUCAAAUAAAUGCUCACAGAUAAUAUUGCAGAGACGUUCACCUGCACGUUGUUUUUUAAUUAGGCAAAAACUAACAGGCAAUCCACGUGUCUUCAUUUUGGUUUGUUUUAUAUGCUUUUUUUUUUUUUUUUUCCGAGAACAUAUGAUUUACUAAUGCAUUGUUAUUGGGGUAACUCAAUAUGACGGGUGGGUGGAGCAGGGGUGGAUUCCUUUUCCAUGCAAAAGCAGUACAAAUAAUGGGAAAGCCGAAACUAGUGUGUGGUUGUCACAAAUUUCUAAGUCACACGUUUGCUACUGAUGUUAAAAUGGGGACAGAUGAUCAUGUACCUUUUUAUCCAGCUCUUUUGAACUCUCUUUAGCAGGUAGUCUAUUCACAAACGUAGUUUUGCUCCUUCUUGUCUGAUUCUUAAAUAUGAAAAUAAGUAUUUUGAUUCAUUUUGUAAAUACAGCUGUAAAGAAAAAUAAGAAAUUUAAUGUUGUCUUUUAAAUACUUUUCAUUCUAAUAUGAAUGUUGUUAUAUUGUACUUAGAAACUGUACCUUUAAUAUUACCUUUAUUAAAAGUGCAUUGGACACAUCGAUUUUAGAUGUGCUUUAUGUGCUGUUAUCCCAUAAUAAAAUUUACCGCUUGUAAUGGG